UCCAUGGGUACACUCUAACAGAAGGAAGCAGACACACUGCUAAGAUAUAGCUUCUCCAAGUUUCCAUUUCAAGAGGCUCAAUAGACUAGGACUGAGACAUUCUUUGGGAUUUGUUUGCAGGAGAAAUCAGAGGCCAUGAGUUGGCUUGCUUUAAGAACUGCGGGAGUUCUGGUCAUUUUAAUGGUGGUGGUAGAGGUCAACUGUACAUUCUGGGUAGAGGUAAAAGAACAAAAUGAAGAAAGUGGAACAGCCUUGCAGAAGCCCCUCAGAAGAUAUAAACGAGAAUGGGUUAAAUUUGCAAAACCUUGUCGAGAAAGAGAAGAUAAUUCAAAGAGGAAUCCAAUUGCUGUUAUUACUUCAGAUUUUCAAAAAACCCAGAGAAUUACAUAUCAAAUCUCUGGAGUGGGAAUUGAUCAGCCCCCUUAUGGUAUCUUCAUUGUUAACCCCACAACUGGAGAAAUUAACAUAACAGCAAUAGUUGAUCGAGAGGAAACCCCAAAGUUCCUGAUUACCUGUCGGGCUGUAGAUGAAAGGGGGAGAGAUGUAGAGAAGCCUCUUAUACUUACAGUCAAAAUCUUAGAUGUCAAUGACAAUCCUCCAGUGUUCUCACAAAGCAUAUUCUAUGGUGAAAUUGAAGAAAACAGCGCAGCAAAUACUCUGGUGAUGGUGUUAAAUGCAACAGAUGCUGACGAACCAAAUCAUAUAAAUUCUAAAAUUGCCUACAAAAUAAUCUCACAAGAGCCUGCAGGACAACCCAUGUUCCUCCUAAACAGACAUACUGGGGAAGUGCAUUCAAUGACCAAUACUCUUGAUAGAGAGAAAUACAGCAAGUAUAGCCUGCUUGUAAGUGGUGCAGAUCUUGAUGGAGCUGGACAAGCAACUGAAUGUGGAUGUCAAAUUACGAUUAAAGAUGUCAAUGACAAUUUCCCAUAUUUUAAAGAGUCACAGUAUUCAAUAAAGAUUGAAGAAAAUAUGCUUAGUUCUGAAGUGAUUCGGUUUCAAGUAAUAGAUCUUGAUGAAGAAUUCACAGAUAAUUGGUUUGCUGAAUAUUUCUUUACCUCUGGAAAUGAGGGGAAUUGGUUUGUAAUAGAAACUGAUACAAAAACCAAUGAAGGAAUCCUGAAAGUGGUUAAGGCUCUGGAUUUUGAACAAUUUCAAAAUAUGCAACUUGUUUUAGCUGUUAAAAACAAGGCUCCAUUUCACCAUUCAGUUAUUUCUCUGGAUCAAAUUCAGUCAAUUCCCAUCAAAGUCACAGUUAUAAAUGUAAAAGAGGGUAUUGCAUUCCAUCCUACUUCAAAGACUUUUAUAGUUAAGAAAGGCAUAAGUUAUAAAAAAUUGAUCAGUUAUGUUCUUGGAACAUAUCCAGCUAUUGAUGAAGAUACUGGCAAACCUGCAUCUUUUAUCAGAUAUGCAAUGGGACGUAAUGAUGGUGGUUUCUUAGUUAUUGAUUCAAAAACUGCUCAAAUUAAAUUUGUCAAGAACAUUGAUCGAGAUUCAACAUUCAUAGUCAAUAAGACAUUAACAGCUGAGAUUCUGGCAAUAGAUGAUAGCACAGGAAAGACAUCAACAGGCACCGUAAUUGUUAAAGUUCCCGAUUUUGAUGAAAAUUGUCCUAAAAUUUCCGCUGACAAGGAAACGGUUUGUCGUACAUCUGCAUCAGUUAUUGUCACAGCUAAGCCUCUGCAAAACCAGCCAUACACUCAACCCUUCAAAUUUUCCCUAGUUGAACAGCCUGUGGGGACUCCAGCAAUAUGGAGCAUUACAGCAAUAAAUGAUACCUCUGCAAUUUUGAGAGCCCAGAAAACAUUAUCUACUGGAACAUAUCCACUGUCUCUCACAGUUACAGACAGGCAAGGUAUGAGUUGUGAAAUAACCGAGACUCUGGAAUUACGAGCCUGUGACUGUGAUGAGAACCAAAAGUGUGUUGAGAAGGUUCCCUUCCCAAAACCUGGUGAUACUAAUAGGCAAAGAGGGAAACCAUCAGUAAGCCUUGGUCCUGCUGGCAUUGGUCUACUCCUUCUUGGCCUUUUGAUGUUGUUGUUGGCCCCCCUUCUGUUACUAUUUUGUGAUUGUGGGGCAGGAGGCCUAGGUGGUGUUGGAUCUGGAUUUGUUCCUGUGCCAGAUGGGUUUGAAGGUACAAUUCACCAAUGGGGAAUAGAAGGUGCCCAGCCACAAGAUAAGGAGAUCACAAAUAUUUGUGUGCCUCCAAUAACAGCCAAUGGAACUGAAUUUAUGGAAAAUUCUGAAGUUUGCACAAAUGCAUAUGCAACAGAGACCAUCACAGAAGGAACUUGCGGUAUAGAAUUAAUGACCAGACUUAGGGCAGCUUCCGGAUCAGGAGGAACUGCAGGCCUGGGAGGUACUGGGUAUUCAGGAACAAUGAGGACAAGACAUUCCACGGGAGGAACCAUUAGAGAAUGUGCUGAAGGACCAAUCAGUAUGACUUUCUUGGACACCUAUUUCUCUCAGAAAGCAGUUGCCUGUGCAGAAGAAGAUGAUGAUCAAUUAGUAAGUGACUGCCUCUUAGUCUAUGAUGAUGAAGGAGUAGAACCUCCUAGUUCUCCUGUAGGAUGUUGUAGUUUUAUUGCAGAUGAUUUGGAUGACAGCUUCUUGGAUUCAUUAGGGCCAAAAUUUAAGAAGCUGGCAGAAAUAAGCAUGGGUAUUGAUAAUGAAACUAAACCCUCUGAGGCACCUGGAAAAACAACUACAACUGAAACUCUUGGAUCAGUGUCAGCAUGUGCCACAUCUACAAAUGUUACCUGUCAGCCUACCACCAAUAUUACUUGUCAACCUGCUACAGGAACAACUUUCUAUAGCAAUGGAACUUCAACUCUCUCUGCUUCUGGUUCUGUAUUAGUGCCUGCAAUUCCAAUAUCUGAUCCUUUGCUCCAGGGUAAUUUUUUGAUGGGUGAAUCUUAUACUGCUUCUAGUUCAUUCUUGCAGCCUUCCAAUGUAGUCUUUGAUUCUCAGCUCACAGAAAAUAUGAUAGUAACAGAAAGAGUAAUUUGCCCCAUUUCAAGUGUUUCUGGAAUUCAAGGCAACCUGCAUGGUCCUACUCAGUGCAGCUUACCAGGUCCUACUCAGUGCUGCUUAUCUGAACCUACUCAGUGCAGCUUACCAGGUCCUACUCAGUGCAGCUUACCAGGUCCUACUCAGUGCAACUUACCUGGUCCUACUCAGUGCAGUUUACCUGGUCCCACUCAGUGCAGCUUACCUGGUCCCACUCAGUGCAGCUUACCUGUUCCUACUCACUGCAGUUUACCUGGUCCCACUCAGUGCAGCUUACCUGGUCCCACUCAGUGCAGUUUACCUGGUCCCACUCACUGCAGCUUACCUGGUCCCACUCACUGCAGCUUACCUGGUCCCACUCACUGCAGCUUACCUGGUACUACUCAACUAGCAGGAUCAUGUAAUAUGACUUGCACAAGAGAUUCAUGCUCUUGAUUAAUAUGA